AGCUCCUCUAGCCCCUAGUCGCCGGGGCACACCCGGACGAUGAAAGCUCGGUGAGGGAUGUGAGAGUGUGAGGGCGGACAGCGCAGCAGCAGCAGGUGCAAACGAGGCAGGCUUGAAUGUCAGAAGCUGCAGUCGACGACAAUUGAAGGGCAAGUUUAAUACUGUGUGGAAUGGAAGAGUGCAGGUCAGGCAUCAACAUCAGCGGACGGGGACUUGCAGAUGACCCCGCGACUCUUGACCCCACGGAGCGUCUCAUGGUGAGAUAAUCAACGUGUCUAUCAAGGUCACGGACAUGGCCACCACGAGUAUAGUCGUAGUCGGUGCAGGCGUGCUGGGUCUUUCCACCGCCCUGGUACUGUCCAAGCACAAGGGCUUGGACAUUACAGUAGUCGCCAAGCAUAUGCCUGGUGACUUUGAUAUUGAAUAUGCUAGUCCGUGGGCAGGAGCAAACUUCUUCCCAGUGGGCGCUCCAGGAUCAGACCUGCAAAAAUUUGAGAAGGCAACGUGGGGUGAGCUAGACAGAAUAUGUCGCGAGGUACCCGAAGCGGGCAUUCACUUUCAAGAAACAAAAACAUAUGGCAGGAAGAAAGACGCUGGUACGGCUGUUGGCCAGUGGUUUCAAGAGCUAGUAAAAGAAGAUGCGUGGUUUAAGGACGUUGUUCCAAACUUUCGCGUUCUUCCCAAAUCCGAACUUCCUCCAGAUGCCGAAACCGGAACAACAUUCACCUCAGUCUGCAUGAAUGUUUCUGUAUACCUCCCUUGGAUCCUGGGCCAGUGCGUUAAAAACGGCGUCACCAUCAGGAGAGGCAUCCUCUCCCACAUCUCUGAAGCUGGCAGCUACCAUUCGUCCGGCAAAGCAGACAUUACCCUUAACUGCACAGGGCUCCUCGCAUCAAAGCUAGGCGGUGUGAUGGAUGCCAGCGUCUACCCAGGGCGAGGUCAGAUCGUGGUAGUGAGGAAUGAGCCCGGCGUCAUGGUAACUGUCAGUGGCACCGACGAUGGCGAUGAAGAAGCAACAUACAUCAUGCAACGUGCAGUCGGGGGUGGUACCGUUCUGGGCGGCUGUCUCCAACACGGAUCUUGGGAGUCGCAGCCGGAUCCCAAUCUGGCGCAACGCAUCAUGCAACGCUCCAUCGACCUGUGCCCAUCACUCGUCCCCAAGACUGGCAAGGUCACUGAGUUGAGUAUUAUCAGACAUGGUGUGGGCUUGCGGCCGAUGAGGAAGGGUGGGCCGAGGGUGGAGAAAGAGAAGAUUGACGGGAAUUGGAUCGUGCAUAACUAUGGCCAUGCUGGGUAUGGGUACCAGAGCGGCUGGGGAAGUGCGUGGGAGGCCGAGAAGCUGGUCCUGGAGAUCUUGAAGCAGGAGUCGGUCGUUAAGGCGAAGUUGUAGUAACUAUGAUAAGCAUGGCACCUAUCAUUUAUCAUAGGACGAGCGUCGUAUGAACUUUCCAUUGUUCGAAAUACGGGAAACGAAGCUGAAUCCUAUUGGGCAAAUACCGCAAUCGAACGACC